CUGUCGCGAGCUCGGGCUCCCGAUUUGGACACAGUCCGGAGACUGAACCUUUGGGGAAGUAAUCUGAAAGAUGCUCCCAGUCUGGGCUCGAGUGGGCACAGCGUGGACAAUGGCGGGGACAUUGGAGGGAGGUUUGGAUUCCUGGCAGCUUCUAUAUUGAUGAGGCAGUCCAAGCACUGACGCAUGUUUGAUGCAGUGGAGGCCAUUUUGACUUCUUGAAUCUGUCCAAUGCAAACUCAUGGAGUUAGCAGCGGAGGUCUCCAUAUUAAGGGAGAUGUCCAACAUAGAAGUGAUUACAUUAAGUGCGAACAACAUCUCCUCUCUAGUAGAUUUCCAAUACUGUCAGAAUAUUAGUGAGCUUUACCUCCGCAAGAACAAUAUUCAGAAACUGGCAGAGAUCUGCUACCUGAAGGAACUGCAUCGCCUCAGAGUACUGUGGCUAUCGGAAAAUCCUUGUUGUGGGGCAGACCCUCACAAGUACAGAAUGACUGUCCUGCGCAACCUGCCACACCUACAGAAGUUGGAUAACCAAGUUGUGACAGAGGAGGAAGUGGCUCAGGCUUUAGACGAUGGAGAAGAGAUGGUGGCCAUGCACAGCAAAGAGCCCAUGGAGCCAAUAAGGAACUGCUCGAGAAGAGAAGUCAGCAUCUCUGAAUCAAGCACUCAAAUGGAAAGUGAUGUCUUGAGUUUCAGGAUGGAAGAGACAAAUAAAAUCCGUGAAGAACUUGGAAUGAAACCGCUGGGAAGAGACAAAUUUUUCUCCUCUGUUGGAGUGAAGGACCGAAAUUCCUGCAAUGGCACCCAAAGGUGCACUUCCAAUGUCCUGAGUGCUGUUCUUUUGCUCUUGAAAGAGCUCGAUGGAGAUGGGCUGGAGAUUGUAUACAGAAUGACAGAGCAAAAACUCCGAAUAUUGCACAGGAAAGAGACUGAACAGGACCAAUGAGCUAUAACCAACCAAGCUCACAGACAGUGCAAGUUAAUUUUGACUCAUGGGAGCUGUAUAAAAAUUCAAGGAAAUGCCAGAGAAAAUUAAAACUGUGACUUGUAGAGUUGAGGUGAAGCGACUUCACUGAAGUGUUAUCAUCAUAGACCUAGAAGGUAUCCAUCCCAUUAUUUACGUACCAUUAUCCUCCCUAACAGGAA